AUGUCAGGACUCGAGAACGGAGAUCUGGCCCUCGCCAGUACGAUGAACGCCCCCGACCCUGGUCCCGCUGCCGAGCCGUACGCCAUCUUGAGGCAAGAGGUGGAGCUAGACAUCAACUUCAGGGAGAAGAGCGUCAGCGGCAUUUGCACGUUCAAGAUCUAUCCUCUGAUUCCCGACCUGGAGGAACUCAUCCUGGACACGCGGCAAUGUGAUAUCGACGUCACAAACAUCACGGUCGACGGCUACAAGACACAUGCAGAGGCUUAUGAUCCAUACGACCGAAUGGAGCCUCCCACGAAUGCCCAAAUUGGUGCCACUCAACAUCACAUAAUGAAGAAAUGGAUGGCACCACUACUGCCAGAGGCACGCCGCCAGCUUCCCGUCGUGGAAAGGGCAGAGCAGCUGAACAUUAGUGUACCAGCCGAUGCGUCCCUCAGGAUUCGUCUCCGGCCGGACGCUCUCGUCCGGGAUGCUGAGCCGAAACGCAUUCUCAAGCUCAAGACCGCAAAGGCGGUAUCGGACAACACGACAGGCUUCUCAGACGCGAUUGAGGAAAUUACGGUGGUUGUGCCUUUCAAGUCCAAGAGAAUCAGAGAUGGUCUGCACUUUGUCGGCGUUGAGGAAGGUGAUCUAAGAUACCCACACGUUUACACUCGGCAUUCGCUGGAGCCUGGUACGGCGUCUUGCAUUUUCCCUUGCCUUGAUGAUCCUGGUUCUCGACAUUCCUGGACAAUCAAAAUCACCUGCCCAAGGACCUUGGGUGAUGCCUUCGCACAGCCUUUGGCUACCCAGUCUUCCCUAUCGACUCUUCUGGAGGGCAGUCGGAAACGCAAGGCCUCCGACAUUUCUUCGCACAACCCUGGGUCGUCUUUCACUGAAGAGGACAAGCUAAGGGAGAUGACUGUGGUCUGCUCUGGUAAUCUUACUGGCGAGCAGAUGCACCCCAAGGAUGAGAGCAAGAAGACCAUGAUUUUCGAAUGCGUGAAUACCGCUGCUAGGCACAUCGGUUUCGCCGUUGGCCCCUUUGAGCACGUUGAUCUCGGAGCAGAGUUUAGAACUGAGGAGGCGGACGAGAAGCUCGGGGCUAAUGCAGCCAGAAUUCAUGGCUAUUGCCUUCCCGGCCGUGUUGAGGAAGUUCGGUGGACCUGCAACGUUGUCGUGGCUGCUGCCGACUUCUUCGCCCCAGAGUUCGGCCGUUAUCCAUAUGAAGCCUACAAGAUGUGCUUUGUCGAAGAUCUGGUCCACGACACGGCGGUUGCAAACUCCUUAUCCUUGUGCAGUACGCGUUUGCUGUACCCCGAAGCCAUCAUAGACACGGAAAUCGAGGUCACCAGGAAGCUCGUCCAUGCCCUCGCCAGUCAGUACCUGGGAGUGCACAUCGUGCCAAAUGAGCGGUCCGACACUUGGCUUAUUCUUGGUCUCCAGUGGUUCAUGACGGAUCUGUUCAUGAAGACCAUCUGCGGAAACAACUGGUAUCGCUUCCAUAUCAAGACGCUUUCAGACAAGCUUAUCGAGGCAGAUGUUAGGAGACCCUCACUGCAUGCUCUGGGCGAUUACCUCCAUCUUGGUGACUUUGAGCUCGAGUUCAUGGCGCUCAAGGCGCCACUGGUCCUUUACAUUCUCGAUCAGCGCAUGUCCAAGAUUCCCGGCUCCACAGGUGUCGUCCGCGUCUUGUCCCAGAUGGUUUCGACAGCCAAUAUCUCCAACACGGAUCCCAAGGCUACCUCCCUUUCCUUUCAGGACUUCCGUCGACAGUGCGAGAAACGCAGUCAAUAUGUCCCCGACGAGCUGUGGGAUCAGUACGUGUUCGCUGCGGGCUGCCCAAAACUGGAUAUUCACCAAAAGUUCAACAAGAAGAACCUCAACGUCGAUAUCCAAAUUCUCCAAUACCAAGGGCCGGUCAAGAAAAGCAUCUCGAAGGACGAAUUCUGGAGGGAGUUGCAAGAAGAAAUCCACAAUGUCUAUGCCGGCGACGUCCCUAAGCUUUUCACUGGUCCGUUCACCGUCCGGAUUCACGAAGCAGACGGCACACCUUAUGAGCACUAUCAGCUCAUUACGGAGAAAGACAAAGGUGGGACAAAUCUGCAGAUUGCGUACAACACAAAGUACAAGCGCCUCAAACGCACCAAAAAGGCCAUGGCCGCGGCUGCCAACAGCAAUAGUGACAAGCAUGAAAUUCAGGAGGACGAUGUUGUCUACUUUAACAUGUUGGGCGAUGUUCUCACCAGCCAAAAGGAUAUGGAGGACUGGGGUUUGCAGGACUGGGCUCAAGAGGUCCAAACCAAGAUGGAUCAAGAGUCAUACGAAUGGAUUCGGCUAGAUGCCAACAUGGAGUGGCUUUGCUUCAUGAAGACCGACAUGCAGGAGUACAUGUAUCUGGCACAACUGCAACAGGACCGAGACGUCGUGGCCCACCAGGACGCGAUGCUCGCUUUCAAGCGGGAAAAGAGACAUCCGGUUCACUCGACGGUCGAGACGCGUACCGUGAUGGACAAGAGGUAUUACCAUGGUGUUCGAGUUAUGGCUGUGGAGGAUCUCGCCAAGCAAGCCCAUCCUGAUUUGAACUACAUCGGUAUGGUCCAUCUCAUUCUCUGCUUCCGGAAGUUCUUCUGCAAGAAAGUACCUAUCCCUGGCAAGAAGGAUGCCUAUAACUACCCAAUUGCCCCCAAUGAUUUCACCGACAAGGGUCAGUAUGCCAUCCAGUGUGCGAUUCCUGCGGUGCUGGCACGGACGACGGACCUACAGGAGAAAGGAAGGUGCUCCAAGCGGGCUCGACAGUUCAUCAUGGAGAUGCUCAUGUUCAAUGACAAUUCGGAGAAUGAGUUCUCGGAUCAGUUCUACAUCGCCAAGCUCCUUGAUGCCCUGACCACGUCUUUGAUCCCGCAGAAAGAGAUUACCGAGGGGUAUCUUAUCAAAAACCUGGAUCCUUUCGACGACGACGAUGCGGAAUUCAAGAGCUUCAUUGAGAAAACCAUCGAAGAGAUCGACAAGUUUCGCAGGAUGGACGAAUGGACCCUAACAUAUCAGAACAUCUGGACCACAACGGCUCUUCAUUGCAAGAUGAGGCUAAUGAAGGCUCGCGUCAUCCCUGAAUCGGCCCUCGACUUCGUGCAAUAUCUCCAGGACGACAACAUCGAUCUUGUCCGGAUCAAGGCGUUCGAAUGCCUGGUUGAGCUUGGGAUGAUCUCGAAGGCCCCUAUUCUCAAGCUUCUGCUUUCAUAUAUGAGCACCGACAGCUCGCCCUUCGUCCGCGAUCGCUUGUUCAAGGUCUUUUGCCAGGGAAUCGCUGCCAUCGCGUUCGGCGAGAACAAGGCUUCGGCACAGGAACUUGAAGCUCUUGAUGAUGGAGGUCUUGUCAUUGACCAAGGUGACGCAGAAAUACAGCAACGGAAGCUCGAUGCAGUGCGUCGGGAGGACAUCGCCCAUGCGCUUACUGCGCUGAAAGAAGAGCUGAAGGGGAACAGGGAAAUGCAAAUCUCCAUAUGGAAGGCAUUCAAUUCUCCAGUCAUUGGCCUGCAGGAAAAGCGUCAACUGCUGGAGCUCUGCUCGGCCAUGUUUGAACCGGAGGAUUCUCUACUUGUUACUAUGAAGUAUCCCAUCGUAUGGAAGGCGACCCGCGAACCGACGAUUGUCGCCGCUGCACCACCAGUCCUUGGAACUCCGCCGAAGAAGAGGUGUGUUGUCAAGUUCAAGUCGGAGUACAGGACCUGUCCUAAGAAUAGGGAAAUGGCUGCGAUCGAAGCUCCACCGCCUCCUGUGCCACUGCCGGCCCCGGCCCCGGCCCCGUCGACUGCCUCAUCGUUCUCGGCUGCCAGGGUGGAGAUCAAGCCGCCUGAGAAGAAGACAAUCGUGAAGCUACAAUCGCGACCAUCGUAUAUCGCUAAACCAAGGGAGUCACCAGCACCAGAGGCUCCCCCACCAGUACGAAAGGAGUCUAUCGCACUGGCCGUGCCCCCUCGGCCUCCUACGACUGCCGGUCCGCGCACUCCCUUGCCCACAUCAGUUCCAAGUGCUCCCGCACCCAAUCCACCCGUCGCUCAGCCUGUUAGCAAAUCAGCUGUGCCAAAAGCGGCUUCACCUCCUCCUCCUCCUCCUCCCGUGCCUGCACCCAAACCCCAGCAGCCUAACGAUGUUCCUGCGCCAAAGCCCAGCACUGUCAUCUUGAACAAGCCGAAGAUUGUCAAGCCGGUUAUCAAGCGCAAGAGUGAUGAAUCGCUUGAAGGAGCCAGCCCGAAGAAAAUCAUCAAGACCAACACCGACUCCUUCAGGAGUGAUCCUUCUCGCAACAGCUCGUUCAAGUCAGACUCGGCGCGGGGCGAAUUCUUUAAGAAAGAGGCUCCUCUACGAACCGAGGCUGCUCCCAAGAGCAGUUCCUUCCGCGAGUCUGCGCCCCAGGCUCCGACUUCCCGUACAUCGACAUUCUCCGUCCGACCCAACGCCAACGGUCGGCCCUCCAAGGUCGUCACGGUACCAUUUAGGAAAUGGAUGAAGCUAUCCGGUCGCGCUAAGCGCAACAUCGACUACGAACAGGGCCAGCGCGAGCAGAAACUGCUAGCCGCCACCGCCAGCGGCUUCUCCGGCAGAGAUCUUGCCACGCCCGUCCACAAGCGGUCGAGCGCUGCGGUCGGAUUCAGCAGCGGGUCGGCGCCUUCAUCCCCUAAGAGUCGGAUGCAGUCGCCUGCUGGUAAUGGAUACGGCUCGUCUAGUUCGUAUGCUGAGAAGGAGCAGCGGAGUAAGGACCGGGACAAGUUCCGGGAGAGGAUGGACCGCGACAGUGACCGCGAGCGCGAGCGUGAGCGUCCUCGCGAGAAGGAGCGAGACAAAGAAAAGUACAGGGAACGAGAUCGGGAUAGUGACCGCGAGCGUCCUCGUGAAAAGGACAGGGACAAGUACAGAGAACGGGAUCGGGACAGCGAUCGUGAGCGCGACCGACCUCGUGAGAAGUACAGGGAGAAAGGAACCGACCGGGGCGAUAGCGACAGGGGGGCAUCACGCACUGACAGUGACCGAGAACGCAACCGUGAUCGGGAACGGGAACGAGAGAGAAGUGACCGUGAUCGCGAGAGGACUGACCGCGAGAGGGAGCGGAUGCGCGACAAGUACCGUGAUCGAGCUGAUAGAGACAGCGACCGAGAGAGCGCCAGCAGCUACAAGGAUCGUGAUCGGGAGCCUCGCGACCGCGACCGUGAUAGAGACAGGGAUCGCGAUCGUGAUCGGGACCGCGACAGGCCAUCCGGCUCCAGCCUGCUCAUCAAGAAAGACCGCAAACCGCUGCCAGGAUCAGGAGACAGGGAGAAAGAGAGAAGACCAUUGCCUUCUGGAUUACCUUCCGAAAAGGCUCCGCACCCCCUCAAGGAAUCCCAUUCGCCUCUCAACCCGACUCCCGCCGCUGCUACGACCAAUGGUGGUGGCGAGCCAAAGAAGAAGAUCAUCAAGCUUAAGUUGAAGAGUAGUGGCAGUGGACUAGGCGGUGGUUCUGGUUCUGGAACGGCAUCAUCGUCAACACCUCGCUAG